AUGAUGAUAGGAGAACAUCAUCGAGCGAAUCCAACGGUUCAUGUUCCUCCAUGGAACUUCCAUGAUGAUCCAACGGCUGAGAUUUACUCCUCUUAUUUCCCUGAGGAUUGCAAUGCUGGAACCGGAGAUUACUCUCCGUACUAUCUCCGUGAAGCACUGACGGCGCUUCAGCGUUAUCUUCCGUCAAACGAGUUAGACAACGAUUCCGACUCGGAUGUCCACGGCCGUGACUCUGAUUCUCCGGUGGACGCGUACUCAUGCGAUCAUUUCCGCAUGUACGAGUUCAAGAUAAGAAGAUGUGCUCGCGGAAGAUCGCACGACUGGACGGAGUGUCCGUACGCUCAUCCCGGAGAGAAAGCACGCCGCCGUGAUCCAAGGAAGUUUCAUUACUCCGGUACAGCGUGUCCUGAUUUUCGCAAGGGUAACUGCAAGAAAGGUGAUGGUUGUGAGUACGCGCAUGGUGUUUUUGAGUGUUGGCUUCAUCCGGCUCGUUACCGGACUCAGCCAUGCAAGGACGGAACUAGUUGCCGCCGGCGUGUUUGUUUUUUCGCUCACACACCGGAGCAGAUCCGUCUCAAUGUUCAACAAAGUACUCCACGGAGCCUUAACUCGCCCGAUUCUUAUGACGGUUCUCCGCUUAGACAGACAGCUUUGCCGUUUAUUGCUUCUCCGAUUUCAAUUUCUCCACCUGAGUUAGAAUCUCCGCCGAUAUCCCCCAUGAGUAAAUCUUUAGGUUCAUCUUUGGGUUCAAGUUCAGUUAACGAGAUGGUUGCUUCCUUAAGAAAUUUACAGUUAGGGAAGUUAAAAUCUAUGCCGGUUAAUAGAAACCUUACAUUCGGGUCAAGUUUCGGGUCACCGAGAUGUUCUGUGCUUCGACCCGGGUUUUGUAGUCUUCCAAAUACACCAACUCAAAAACAUGGGUCGGGUCGGGUUGGAGUAAGUUAUUUCGAUCUUUGGGAACAGAGUUGUGAGGAGGAGCCUAUAAUGGAAAGAGUUGAAUCUGGAAGAGACAUAAGGGCUAAAAUGUUUGAGAAAUUAAGCAAAGAAAAUUCUAUGGAAAAUUCUGACCCGGAUUUGUAUCCGGGUCAAGCAGGUGGGGCUCCGGAUGUUGGAUGGGUUUCUGAGCUGCUGAAAUGA